CAUCUGCUGUCAGCGAUGGCGUCUGCUAACCUGAGAGCUGAGCUGGAAUGUUCCGUCUGUCUGAACAUUUAUACAGAUCCUGUAAACCUGAGAUGUGGACAUAACUUUUCGAUGGCGUCUGGUGAUCUGAGAGCUGAGCUGGAAUGUUCCGUCUGUCUGAACAUUUAUACCGAUCCUGUAAACCUGAGAUGUGGUCACAACUUCUGCCGGGUCUGUAUUGAUCUUGUGCUGGAUACACAGGAGGGGUCUGGAGGAUAUUCCUGUCCUGAAUGCCGAGAGAAGUUUCCGGAUCGUCCUGCACUGCAGAGGAACAUAACACUACGUAACAUAGUGGAGAAUUUCCUGUCUGUUCAACCAGAUCAGGAGGAGUCCGGGGUCUUCUGUACUCACUGUGUGGACUCUUCUGUACCUGCUGUUAGAUCCUGUCUACACUGUGAGGUUUCUCUGUGUGAUAAACACCUGAGAGUCCACAAAAAGUCCCCAGAACACAUCUUAUGUGACCCCACCUUGUCCAUGGAGAGCAGGAAAUGCUCCGUCCAUAAGAAGAUCCUGGAGUAUUACUGCACCGAGGAUGAUACCUGUAUCUGUGUGUCCUGCAGUUUGGCCGGAGAACAUCGAGGACACCAGGUGGAGAUGCUGGGUGAGGCUUCUGAGAAGAAGAAGGAGACACUGAGGAAUGUUCUGCAGGAACUUCUGACAAAGAGAGAGGAGACGGAGGAAAGAGUCCAGAGUCUGCAGGAACACAGGAGGAAAGUAGAAGAAGAAGCAGCUGGUGACACCGAGAGAGUCACUGUCCUGUUUAGAGAUCUCAGGAGACGUCUGGAAGAUCUGGAGAAGAGAGUCCUGAGGGAAAUCUCCGGGAGGGCAGAGCGGAUCUCCAUCUUCAUCCGGGAUCUGGAAAUAAAGAAGGAGGAGCUGUCCAGGAAGUUGCGUCACAUUGAGGAGCUGUGUAACAUGAUGGAUCCACUGACUGUCUUACAGGAAUCAGACACAGGUGACUUGUGUGAUACUGAGGAUGGAGAUAAUGAGGACAGAGAGAGACGUGAGAAGCUCCUCCAUGAUGGAGGGGGUCUGGAUGUGGCUGGGAUAUCACACACAUUACACACAUUAUCUGAUAUAAUAACAGAGGUAAAUGUAGACUUCUAUAUACAGAGAGCUGCAGACAUAUUACUGGAUGUAAACACAGCUCAUAAUAAUCUCCAUAUAUCAGAUGACAGGAAAACUGUAUCCUGGUCACAUAGAAACCAGAAUCGUCCGGAAACACCAGAGAGAUUUCAGAAUUAUCCUCAGGUGUUGAGCAGUCAGAGUUUCUCCUCAGGGAGACAUUACUGGGAAGUGGAUGUCGGGGGAUCAGAUGUAUGGAUAGUCGGGAUGUGUUACCCCAGUAUAGACAGGAGAGGAGGAUGGGAGUCGCGGAUUGGAUAUAAUAAGAAGUCCUGGGGAUUGGUCAGGAAAGAUGAUCAGUAUGGGGUGACACAUGACAGUAAAGAGAUCCUCUUACCCACCAAUCCCUCCAAUAACAGAGUCAGGAUAGAUCUGGAUUAUGAGGCCGGGCGGAUCUCCUUUUAUGAUCUGUGUGACCCAAUCCGACUCCUCCACACCUUCACCACCACCUUCACUGAGCCCCUCCAUGCUGGGAUAUAUGUAGGGAGAGGUUGUAUAAAGAUCUGUGGGGGGGGGAUGGGAAGAUGUGAGAAAUCUGCCUAGAAACUAAUGACAUCACAGGGACAGUGAGAUUGGUUGAACAUUCAGCCAAUAGCAUAAAGCAGUGGGUGGGGCUUCAGUCAGUGCCCUGCAGGAUUUUCUUAAAUGUGAUAUUUCUCCCUCUGUCACUCCCUGUGAUUGGGUAGGAGAUCUCUCCAGUUACUGGAGUAAUAGUGAAUGACAUGUUCUUAUUUGUCAGUGAGAAGGGGUGUGGCCUAUGGAUAAAGCUUGAUUUAAUAUCUAUCUAUCUAUUGACAAUUACUUUCAUUGUAAUUGUUAGACAGAAAGUUAUCACAGUGUGUGACAUCAUCAAUCUCCCUCCUCCUGCCCCUCCCCCUACCCUCUGCCCCUCCCCCACAUGCAGUCACUCUAUGCAGGGUGUAAUGCGGUCACUGUGAUUGGAUAGAAUGUGGUCACCUGUCCUCUCUUUCCACCCUCCAAUCUAUACUAAAAAGGGAUUCAAACUAGACAUGCGCACUGCCGAAAAAUUCAAAAAUUCAAAAAUUCAAAAAUUCCAAAAU